AUGAGCGGAGGAAGGAAAGGCAGUGGAUCUAAGGCCGCAUCGGGUGCAAGCGGAGAGCGGAGAGCAGAAGGAGUAGACGCAAAACGAGUGGCCAUCCAUCCCAUCCACACGAGACUCGUCGGAGGCGAGGCAAGUGGGAACAGCAUCAACAACCACCAGAGGGAGAAAAGAGCAAAGGAAAGAGACUAG